AAGAAGAGGGUGACCCUUUUUCUUUCUAUCCUCUCACUCUCUCUCUCUCUCUACCCUUGUCUCAUCAAUAACACUGUCCCUUGCUCAAAGAUUCCAAUUCCCAGCACCAAAAUCAAUUCACCAGAAAGGGAUGUUUCCACGCUUCGAUUCAAUCAUGUCCCAACCUUCAAAGGAAGACAUUCGGAAAUACUAAGAAACAUCAACCUUGAAAAUUCAAACAAAUUAAAAGGGUUGGGUUUUCUCCUACAACUUCAUGUCCCAAAGCUUCCAGCAAAGUAUCUACGGCUUUCCAAAUGCAUACGAACGAUCCAACGAGUGGGUUAUGAGAGAGCAAGGCGGUGGCUUUGAGGCACCACCGCCGCCGGUGUUCGAUGCCGGAGGGAUGCUGACAGAGAUUAUGAACCGUCCGUGGCAGAAACCCGGCGGCGGCGGAGCCACGGAAGGUCAGAUCCAGCCCAGCCACAAACACCACCUCUCAGCUCUUGCUGAUAAUCAACUAUCAUUCAUGAAUCCACAAGUUAAACCCUCUAAUCUAGAAGGGUUUCACUUAAUCAGCCCUAUUAAUCCAGUUUCCGACAUGCAGCCGCCGCCGCCUCAGAUGAUGAGUUGGAUCGGCGGUGGGGGCCAUGAGGCGGAGGGACAAGGCCUCUCUUUGUCCCUCUCCUCUUUGCGGAAUUUGGAAGCCAACAAAUUCGAGAAAAUGAAUGUGGGAAACGGGGAAUUAUACUUCAAUUCUUAUCCAUUGGGAGGAGAUCCGAUGACUCACGAAAAUCAGAUUCAUUUGGGGUAUGUGGAAUCAUCUUCAAGAAGCACGACGUUGCUGAGGAAUUCUUUGUAUUCGAAGGCUGCGCAAGAAUUGCUGAUGGAAUUCUGCAGUGUGGGGAAUGGGAUUGUUAAGAAACAAGGCAGAAACCCUAAUUUGGCAUCGGAUGAUAACGGCGGCGGUGUAUCUUCUUCAAAGAAUCACCACUCCUUAUCCCCUUCUGAGAGAACUGAGUACCAAAGAAGAAAACUUCAGCUUCUCUCCAUGCUCGAUGAGGUGGAGGAGAGAUACAUGAAAUACAGCGAGCAGAUGCAGGCGAUGGUGAAGUCAUUCGACGCCGCAGCGGGGGAAGGCGCAGCCGAGGCAUACACGGGGCUAGCGCGGCGGGCGAUGUCGCAGCACUUCCGGACCAUGAAGGACGCGGUGGAGCGCGAGGUGAGGGAAUGCUUGACGGCGCUGGGCGAGAAGGAGGCGGGGAUCACCAAGGGGGAGACGCCGCGGCUGAAGGCGGUGGAGCAGAAGUAUCGGCGCCAGAAAGCCCUUCAGCUGCAGCAUAUGGGGAUGGGGGGGACGGACCACGACUCGUGGCGGCCGCAGCGGGGGCUGCCGGACCGCUCCGUCACCGUUUUGAGGGCGUGGCUGUUCGAGCAUUUCCUCCAUCCGUAUCCAAGUGAAGCAGACAAACAUUUGCUGUCGAGACAGACAGGUUUAUCGAAAAAUCAGGUAUCAAAUUGGUUUAUAAAUGCUAGGGUUCGACUGUGGAAGCCAAUGGUGGAAGAGAUGUACCAACAAGAAUUCAAAGAAGCUGCUGCAGAAACCAUUGCACCAAAAAGGGACCCUUCAGAAUCCACCUCAUCCGCCGGUGGAAAUGCGGCUGCCGGAGAAGUUUCGCUUACAUUGGGACUCCGGCGUUCGGAAAAUAAUGUGCCAAUUAUGAGCCAUCUCUCAGUUAGGGAUUUCGGGGCUUAUGAAUAACUGCCAAUUAUUGAGUUAUUGAAAAGCGUCGAAAUUUAAUUAACUAUAUAUGUCACAUUGCUGUUUCUAUAAAGGUAUAAAGUGAGUGUAGUAAGGAGUAAUUGUAUAGAUAGAGAUGACUGGUGAGAUGAAAUGAUUUUGCACUUAUGGUAUCUAUAUAACUUUUUCUAUA